AUGCCAUUAUUUGUAAACCGUGACCAAAUAUUUGCUCACCAAGUGCAUUUACUUGAACACAAACUUCGGAGUAAAGAGGAACGCAUUCUGGAGCUGGAGACUGAAAAUGCUCUCCUCCACCUCAGGUUGGCGGAGUGUCUGGGCAAACUUCGCAGGGAUAAUGAAGAUGUUCUUCAAGCCAAGAAAUAUCACCAGCACCACAAACACAUGCAGAAAAACACACAAACUGCUCUAGCUAAGCUUCUCUCUGAAUUACAGGUGCUGAAGCAGGAUCUGCGUGAUGUGUUUGCUGUGUACGUGAGCUGCGCCACAGAGCUGGAGGAGCAGAGCAGGGAGCUCCAGGAGCGAGUCGGCUCUGCCAGCUGUGGCCCUCAGGGAGACACAGGUGAAGUACAGGCCUUGCAGGCUCAGGUGGAUGCUCUGCAGCGCUCCCUACAGGAGGAGAAGGAGAGGUGCAAGGCUGAGAGGCUGAGGAGGAAGCUGCUUCAUAACGCUCUGGUUGAGCUGAGAGGGAACAUCAGAGUUCACUGUCGGGUGCGUCCAGUUCUACCCUUUGACGGUGCACCAGGACAGUCAGUCUCAGGGACUAGUUUCACAUUAUCAGAGGAGGUGGUACAGGCAGUCAACGAUGACUCUGUUCUUGUGAAUUCCAAAUCUGGGAGCUCUGCAAUGAACAAAAUGUUCGAGUUUGAGAGGGUACAUGGCCCAGAGGACUCCCAAGAAGCUGUGUUUGAGGAAGUGAAGCCGCUGCUGACCUCACUGCUGGAUGGGUACAACGUGUGUAUUAUGGCGUACGGUCAGACGGGCAGUGGGAAGACGCACACGAUGAUUGGUUCUCAGGCUGAGGACUUUGCGGGACUCGAUGGAGCCCCACUACAGGGUAUCAUCCCCAAGUCAGCUACAGAGCUCUUCAGGUUGAUCUCAGAGAAGCCAGCUGAGAGCCACACAGUGGAGGUGUCGGUGGUGGAGGUAUACAACAACGAGGUGUUCGAUCUCCUGUCCAGAGACGGCGAGGGCGGGGCCGCAGGGGUGAAGAGGGAUGUGAUCACCACCAGCACGGGCACCAGCGAGGUGCCUGCUCUCUCCUAUGAGUUGGUGUGCAGCCCAGCGGAUGUGAUGCAGGUGCUCAGCACCGUGCUCAGGCUGAGAGCCCGCAGCCCCACGCUGGUCCACAGAGACUCCUCCCGCUCCCACCUCAUCGUCACCAUCACGGUCACCUCCAAGAGCCCCAACGCCCUGGUGCUGGCUCGAAGACUGCAGAGCGCUCGGAAGGACGUCCAGCGAUCGCACCAAAGGGAGUGGUGGAGCCCCCGCUGUCGUAGGGCCGCCUCCAGCCGCCGUGGGUUGGACGAGCAGUCAACAAGCCCCGCCUCCUCCCCCUGCCAUUCGCCAUGCCACUCGCCAUACCCCUCCCCCAGACCCAGCAUCGCCCAGGCCCCCAUCAAGACAAAGCUGCAGUUGGUGGACCUGGCCGGCAGCGAAUGCGUGGGGAUGUCGGGGGUGACAGGAGCGGCUCUGUGGGAGACGUCCUGCAUCAAUCGCAGCCUCUCGGCGCUCUCGGACGUUUUGGGCGCACUGGCCGAGCAGCGCCCUCACGUCCCGUACAGGAACAGCAAGCUGACGCACCUGCUGCAGGACUCCAUUGGAGGGGAUGCCAAGCUGCUGGUGAUGCUGUGCGUCUCUCCCACGCAGAAGUUCCUGGCAGAUUCGCUGCAGUCCCUGGGCUUCGGAAGCAGGGCACGGCAGGUGCAGAGAGCACCUGCACGGAGGAAGAACACUGCCCUCAAGAUUAAACAAGUUUAA